AUGGAGUAUUAUUCCGAUGAACCGAUCAGGAAUUCACUAACAAGAAUUUGUUUUGCAACUUAUGAGCAAAUGGAAUUGUAUAAACAGUUCCCUGAAGUUGUUGGUAUCGACUCGACGUAUAAUACAAAUAAGGGGAAGUAUUCUUUGUUCCAAUUACUUGUGACGGAUAAUUUUGGUCGUGGACGACCAGUUUUAUUUGCGUGGACUAAAAAAGAAUUCAAACGAGAUGUAGUUUGGAUAUUAGACUGUUUCCGGCAAAUAAUGGAAGACACCUCCAAAACAGAAUCCUUCAUUAUGGAUUGUGCGCAAGCUGAAAUAGCAGCCGUCAAGUUAACGCACAGACAAGCGCACAUUGAUUUGUGUUCUUUCCAUGUUUGCCGAGCAUUCUAUCGGAAAACAAGAAAUCCCAUUGUGAAGAAUUAUUUAUGCCGUCUAGUGCAAUGUAAAAGGAGAUCAGA